GAAAUUCUCGACUGGGCUUCCCGCAGUGGCCAGUUCACCACGGGCCCUUCAAGUGGCACUGCGGAAUUUGUCUUCUAUCUACCAUGGCCAACCAGCGCCUCUCUAUCUGGGGCAGGUGCGCGUGCACAAUCCGCUGGUCUACGCUACGUGCCCCUUGACUGCACAGCACAGCACAGCACAGAGGCCACACCACGGACGCCGAGUAUCCCAAGCAUCCCAUCCCAUCCACCAGCACACUACAAAAAACAGAGUCGACAUGUACGUGUACACGCAACCAGACCCGCCUGCCGCCCGCCCCACAUGCCAUGCCAUGCAUGAUGGAUGUCGUACGGAUACAAUCACUCCUCCUCUUUGUCGCCCUCAUGGUCGGCCUUUUUGUUGCGGCGGGCUCGCUUGAGCUUGGGCUGCUCUGCAUCAUCCUUCUCCGCAUCGUCGUCCUCGCGGCCACGCACGCCCUUCUUCUUGUCUGCCGCCUUGGCCUUGGCCUUGUCAGCACCUACACACACACACACACACACACACAUGAAGGUGUGUGGUUCGGACGUCCGUACACACAGAUCCCUUUGCUUGCCCACCUUUCUUCUUGUCUGCUUUGGGUGCGACGGGUUUGGGCUCCUCCUCCCCGCCUAUGUCGUCCAUGUCCAUGGCGUCCGCCUCGUCCUCGUGCUCCUCCUUGACCUUAUUGGCCUUGGGUGUCUUCUUGCGGCGCUUCAGGUGGUCAGAGUUGGACGGCGCGGCCGCCGAUGCUCCUGCUGCUGCUGCUGCUGUGGUGGCGGCCUUGCCCCUGCGCUUCACACCUGACCGCACGCGCACACAGAGACGAUAGAUACCCACCCACCAGUGCGUUCAUGCGUCAGGCCAUUCAUGUGUGCAUUACGCACCUUUGUCCUUCGGCGGUUCCUCGUCUUGCUCUUGUUCCUGUUCGUCCUCACGCUCCUCCAUGUCAGCAGCAGGCCGCUUCUUGCCCCCCUUGCCGCCCUUGCCACCCUUGCCACCCUUGGCUUUGGCGCUGGUGGCCUUGGGGGCGGGCUGUUUGACCUUCCUGUCACGCUCCUCGACGAUGAGAUCGCCGCCCUCCCAGUCGUCGUCUCCCUCCAUCUCGCCCUCGUCGCGACGCUUCUUGACCCCUUUGCGGGCAGCCUUCUCGGAUUUGAUGCGGAUCGACUCGGGCAGCGGGCCGCCCCUGUCGCCCUCCUCCUCCUCGAUGAGCUCCGCCUCCUCAUCCUCGAUGGGCUUGUCCUUGCCACGCCGACCUCCCUUGCCCCUGUUCUUCUUGGGCGGCCGGGGCGGGGGCUCGUCAUCAUGCUCAUCCUCCUGGUGCUUGUCGUCUUCCUCCUGUUUCUCCUCCUCCUGCUGCUGUUGCUGCUGCCGCCGCCGCGGCCGCUGCUGGACCUUGGCGGCCGGCGUGUCCUUGUCUUUGUCCUUGUUACCGCCCCGCUGCUUCCGCUUCUUCUGCAGGGGUUUGUCUUCCUCCUCGUUGUCCCCCCCGCCGUCACCCCCGCCGUCACCGCCAGCCCCACCCGCACCGGCAUCCUCACGCGCACCGACAUGCUCCCCCUCGUUGUCCUGGGCCUUGUCCUCCUCGUGAUGUCCGUCGACGACCAUCUCCAUGCCCCGGGUGUCGGGAUGGGGCGGCUCGUCGAGGUCGUCGAACAGAUCAUCCUCGGCGGGCUGGCGCUUGAGCUUGGGAGGGCUGCGGUUGGCGGGCGUGUGCACCGGGGGGAUGGUUUUGCGCUUCACACGGGCCGCCGUGGCGCGGUGUGGCUGAGCGGGGAGGGCGUGGUGGUGGUUCUGGCUCAUCUCGCCCUGGUAGAUGUCCAGCUCGGACAGCUCUCGCUUGAGCUGCUUGUGUGGGCCGUCGUCAGAGGGCUUCCGGGGGGCGUUCUUGAGGGCGAAGAUGCUCGGGAUUUGGAACGUCCUGACGCACACACACAGACACAGACACAUAGCAUAGAGGGAUACAACGCAAAGGCCAGGUGAGUGGGCCUGGCGUGCAACCGUCUGUCUAUCCACCUACCUGGGCUUGGUCUUGAAGAGUUGUUUUUGUCGUGCGUGUAUCUGCGUGACGGUGGGGAUGGUGCUCUCGACCACCCACUGCAGCACGUGGCACAGCGUGAGCGUCUUCUCGCGGUACGCCGCCUCUGCAUCCUCACGACGCCUGCACAGCACACACAUUCCCCCACGCACCGCACCCGUGCCAUCUCUCUCUCUUUCUCUCUUGGUUCUCUUGUCUCCUUGCCACAGGUGGGGUGGAUGACUGACCACUGCAGUUCGUCGAUGAGGUCGUAGAGUGUGCAUGCGUAGUCCUCUGAUGCGGCAUCGACCUCCUUCUUGAGGAGUGUGGCAGGGUUGGCGCUGGCCUUGUCGGCCGCCUUGACUGACGCGGCGAUGUAGGGCUGCAGGGUGCUGUGGCAGAUGUGCUCGACCGUGUUGCGCAUCACCUUGAACAGGAACGACAGCGCCUUGGUCGCCUUCGGGUACCGCGGCGUCGACUCACUGUCGCACAAACCCCUCACCCUACACCAAUGAACGAAUGAACGAUACAUACGAGGCCCACCAUGUAUGUAUGUACAUGUGUUGGUGCCUGCCCUCCUCCGUCUGUGUGUGUGUGUGUGUGUGGCGACCGUGCUAGGUUUCUGAUGACGAGUGCGAUGAACUGGUCGUGCAGGUUGAGUGCCUUGUCGCGGUUGUCCAUGUUCAUCUUGGCCUGGGCGGUCGUCAGCUUCGGGUGGAACCCGCGCACACGCUCCGCCUCCUCCUGGCUGCCACUCGACGCAGCAUCCACCUUCACACAGUACUUGAGAGGCAACCAAACCCGACUGACAACAUAUACCACGGACGGACACAUCGACACACGUGCAUACCGGAUGCCCACGUCGAGUCGACCAUGUGUGUGUGUGUGUGUCUGUGUGUGGGGCGGGACACGACCCACCUGAAGACUUGGUUCACGUAGUUCUUCAUGAGCAGGUGUGCGUAUGCGGCCAUGGGGUCGGUUUGCCGGGCCAGUGCAGCAGAGGUGACUUGGUCGUCGCCUGUCUUGUCGCCGAGCCCGUAGAGUGGGAAGAGGUAGGCCACCUUGAUGUUGGUGCGGCCGGUGCGCUGCACUAGGGGGUGCGGCCAUGCCGUGUCGUGACCCACACGAGAGGGGCUCGUGUAGAUGCGCAGAUACUCCAGGAACUUGUAACGCACUCGCUGACACAGACAGACAGACAGACAGGCAGGCCAGGGUGGCACACACAGGGGGAGGGAGGGAGGCAGAUGACUGACAUAUGGGUGAGUGUAUGCUCGUGUGUGUGUGUGUGUGUGUGUGGCUCACCCAUUCGUCGUGUGUGGCUACCUCGGCGAGCAGCGGGAGGGUCUGGUCGUCAGGCUCCAACCUGCAUCGCAUCGCAUCAACCAAACCACCCACCAGCCGCACAGCACAGCACAUGGAUGGAUGCACUGUAAUGUAACGGCAUUGGUUUGUCUGUGCUCACUGUGUGCACUUCCAUAUUUUCAGGAAGGCUCCUGCAGCGGUGAGCUGACAGAUGCCCUUCUCGCUGUAGAUGUCCUUGACCGCAGCGAUCAGUGCCUUGUCCGUCUUGGGCGCACUCGUCAAGUCCACAUACCCCACCUCGCCCUCACCAUUAACCUCACCCUCCCCCUCCCCCUCUCCACCCAUGUCCUCGUCAUUGUCUCGUCCAUCCCCCUUCUUGUUGUCCUUGUCUUUGUCCCCCUCUGCGGGCUCCUCUUGCACCUGCUCCAGCAGGUACCCGGGCGGCUCGCUGAUGCACUGCUUGAGGGUGUUGAGGAUGGCCUCGCGGUACACGGGGGACCGGGGGAGGCCCUCAUGGCCAUCAGGUGGUGCGUUGGCCUCGUCGUCCAUGUCAUCUGCGAGCUCGGGGCGUACGGGUUUGUUCCAGUCGGCGGCUCCCUCGGCCAACAGCUGGAUGCCCGCAGCACGCAACUCCUGAUAAACACGACACACAUAUAGAUGCAUACCAUACACGUGUGGAAGGGGAAUGGAAUGACUAUCCCUGUUUCUGCGUACCUUGACGAAUUCGGGGUUGAUGGUGUCGGGCAGCUGGUUGGCGUUGGGGUUGAGGAGGGUGUCGGUCACAUAGUGGGCGGCCUGGUAGAAGUAACCGCGGCUCUCAGCCCAGGAUUUAGACGACUCCAUGAACAGCCAGGGAGACGACUGACACACACAACACACACACACACACACAGGUCUGUCUGCGUCGCAUGGAGAUGUGGUGUCAUGUGUCUGUCGUGUUGUCCGUUCCUCGCCUCGAUGAGUGUUUGCAUGAAUUGGAGCGCUGCGACGUGUCGAGUGGUGGGCGCGUCGCGUGUGAGUAGGGAGGGCACCUUGGACAGAGUGCUCAGCAGACCCUCGCACGUCGGACGACCCUUGCCCCCAAACACUGAUAUGAUCUCAACUGACACACAGACACAAACAGAUGGACGAGGGGAUCCCGCAGUAUCAGUAUUUGUGAGUGUGAUGUGUGUUGUGUACCUAGCUGUGCUGUCUGGUUGAGCAGGGCUGGAUGCAAAACCAGCGGCAGCAGCCCCUCAGCCACGGCUUCCUUCGCUCCGGGCGAGAUCUCUAUCGACAUGUCCUGCUUGCUCCUGCACCGCACCCAGUCAGCAGACACACGCACAACUGUCUGUCUGUCUGUCAACCAGCUCGCUGUGUCCCUCCCUCCCUGACCGUGUGAAUCGUGCGGCGCUAGCGAGUAUGUCGAUGAGUUGCCGCACCACCUUGACCUCCUUGACCUCCAGCCCACCAAUGCGCUUCUUCUUGGACCGGCCCUCAUCCUCACCAUCCUCCUCGUGCUCGUGAUCGUGGUGGUGCUCGUCGUGGUCAUCCGCCGGGUCGCCGCUGUGGGCCUGACGCGCGAUGACAGCUAGGGGCUCCAUCAAAUCCUGCAUUGAUUGAUGCACAUAGACGACAGCACAGAGAGAGGCAAUGGUCGUGUCGUUUGGCGAGAGUGCUCUGCCCAUAUCCCCCGGCCAGACGUGGGUCCAGUAGGUACCUCGAUGCGUGGUAUGAAAAUGGCGGGGUAGAAAUCGGCCAGGUCGACCAGAAAGGGCAGCGAGAUCUACACACACACAAGACCGCACACACACACACACAAGACCGCACACAUCACAUGCACACGUGUGUGCUGUGCUGUUCCCAUCCACCCACCCACCCUUGUGUGUCCGUCCGUCCCUUGUGUGGUGUGGUAUGGUGCGGUGUUGAGUUGACCUGUUUGAAGAGUAGUUGAUAUUCGGACGGCUGGCGCUCCUCUAGGUCAUGCAGCGACAGCACCUCACACACCAUGUCCUCGGUGAAGAGCGUGUUGGCAGCACGACGCACCAACGUCAGCACUCCUGACGACCCACACACAAAUAUCACAUCACAUCCACCCCCAUCCAUCCAUCCAUCCAUCCAUGAGUCCUUCGUGGUGUGGCAUACCUACCUUUGAGGUUCUCAUGGCUGAGUUUCUUCUUGAUUCGUUCCAGCUUGUUCUCGGUCUGCUCACGGGACAGCACCGGCCACUUCUUGACCACACUCAACACAUCCUCGUACAACCUGUUCCAACACACAGACACAGACACGGAAUAGACAUACAUGAUUGUUGCAGGCUGUCUGUCUGUCUGGCUGUCUGUCUGUCUGUCUGUCUGUCUGUUCCUCUGUCUGUGUGUAUGUGUGGCCGGUCGGUCGGUGGCUGACGUCUUUGAGUUGAGCAGGAGUUUCUCGAAGGUGAGGAGCUGGUCUCUCAGCUGUUCCAUCUGCGUGACGUGAGCAUUGGCGGCCGCCUUGCCCUUGCCGCCCCCCCUGCUGCUGCCCUGCCCCAGCCCCGCCAGCAGCGCCCACGGGUGCGCCUUGAUGAGCGCCUCGCGCAUGCCCUUCAUCUGGUGGGUGAUGACGUCGAACUCCUUCUUGCUGGCCUUCUUGCGCUCCAGCGGCUGGUUGAGGCCCUCGUCAUCCUCACACGCCGCCUGCUGCUGCUGCUGUGGGUCGUCCUGUGUGUCGGGGGGCGGGGGGGCGGUGCUGCUCUUGGCCUUCUUGUCUUGAAGGGCCACCAGGUACUGAUGCAGACGGUCGGCCGCGUCCACCUUGCCUGUAGAUGUGUGUAUUGAUUGCAAUGAAUCCAUGGGAGGGAGUACUUGAGUGGAUGGGAUGGGAUGGGAUGGGAUGGGCUUAUCGGUGUGUUUCGCAUUACCUCUGAGGUAUUCUUCGAAUCCGAUUUUUCCGUUUCGGAUGUCCUCCUCGACGGCCCUGGUGUCCUCUGAUGGGACGCCGUUGCGUGGGUGGGUCUGGCCGUACAGCCACAGCAAACUCCGCACAUACUCACCUACACCCUCCUGCAUUGCCACACCACACAUGACACACACAUCACACACACAUGACACACACCAGCACAUGACAUGAGGCAGACGUUCCUGUCUCUGUGCGUGCCGGUCGGUCCUCAUGUGCACCCACCCACGUACAGUAAGUACCUCAUGGUUGAGCGGCAGCAGCAUGUGCGUGGGCAUCUUGUCUUCGAUCAUCUCGAUCACCGAUCCGCCCCCGGGGCGCUUGCUCAACGCUGACACAACAAACAAACAGGACAGAGACGGUGGGUGCAUUCGACGGGUAUUGUCCAUCGUCGUGGCCGUGUGCACCACACAAACAUACACACAUGCGUACCAUAUGCGGUGAAGAGUUUCUGGGGAAUCCACUGCGAGUUGCGGACACUCUGAGUCAGCUGGCCGUCACCGGCACGCAGCUGCGGCAACAAAUGCUGACGGUGCAUCUGCAGGCGCAACACACCCCACACCAGACACACACAAAUACCCAUACAAUACACGUGUGCACCAUAUAGUGUGUGUGGCCGGCCCGGGCUCUCCUUUAUCUAUCUGUCUUAGGUACGGUGUGGUACCUGCAUGAGCAGUUCGGCAGCGGUUCGUCUGACUUUGGGGUCGCUGUCCCUGACGCGGUUGGCGACGGCCUGCAGGACCGUGACGGGCAGGUGGUACAGCGACGUCGACUCCACCACACGCGACACCAUCGAUAUCAAACUGACGCACAACUGCACACGGACAGGCACGCAGCAAACAACACACGAAGGCACGGGGAAUACACACACGCACACGUGGCAUCCUGCUAACUCACCGACGGGUCCUUGUCCGUCGACACUAUCUUCGACAGACUCUCGCCGAUCUGCACAAACAUCACAUAGACGUGUGCACAAACAUGAAGUGCCCCACCUUGUAUAUGCGGCGGUGCGUACGUGACACGUACGUACCCUGAUGGUUUGUUGUCUGGAGGAUGUGUGUGUGGUGAGGAAUUCCUGGCAGUGCUCCAGCACCGCCCUUUUGACCUUCGAGUCAGGGUCCUGCAGACGAUCGACAAAGUCCUGAUCGAAGCGAUGGAGGGGACGGCGGACACACACACACACACGUCACGUCACUUCACUUCCUCCAAGUGGGUCGGUCAGGCCAUGGCUGUCAUGCGUCCAUCCAUCCAUCGCUGCAUACCUGGAGUAUCUUUGGGAACUUGGUGAACAGCUGCGAUCCCUCCUUGGACGCCAAACGACCUGUACGCAGCGCAGCAAACACAUGGUACACACACAUGCACUCACUCAUUGAUUGCAGUCAGAGUCAUCGACGUAUGUACCGAUCAGCUCAGUGGUCUGCAGACGCUUCUCAACAUCAUCUACCUGGUACGGUACCAUACCAUCCCAUCACACAGGAGACACACACGACACGGAGACAGCCAGCCGUGUGUCUGUCAUCUGUGUGUGUGCCUGUGCCUGCUUCUGACCGUUUUCAUUUCAUUGGUGAGUUUGGCGAUGACCCGCUCGACCAGUGUGGGGCUCGUGUCGAACAGCCGGCCGAUCAAAGCACGCUGCUCUGACGCAUCGCGCAGCCACUCGGGGGUCUUUUUCGAACCCUGACAGACACCCACACCGAUGGACGGGUACAAAGCGGCAACCACAAAUACAAAACACACAGCGAGAAAAGAAUGCACCUCACCUGCCCUGCUUGCUUGAUUUGAUGUGUGUGUGUGUGUGUUGUGGUCUGACCGCAAGUGCGUUUUCGAUGAGUCGAUUGACGUGUUCCUCGAUGAAGGGCUGUGCACUGCUGACCACACUGCGGGCCACCUCACUCAUCUCCUCACAACCAGACUGACCACACACCACACCACACCACACCACACACACAGACACGCCAUUCAUGCAUUCAUUCACAAGAAACACCCCAUGUGUGCAUCUAUUCAUCUCGGUGUUGGUUCGCCCAGCCCCCCCCCCCCACCGACCUUCUCUGCCUCCAUGAAGCGCUGCAGCAGCUCCUCCGUCAUGACCUGCAAUGCAUUCAUGCCAUGCAUGGCAUGGGCCACCCAGCCAGCCAGCCAGCCACGGAUCGGAUCGGAUCACGCAUGUGCGCACGCCCAUGAUACAAACACCUGUCUGUCUGUCCAUAUGAUAGAGCCACCCACCUUUCUGAGUUCAUCGUGCUCAGCGUCGGCUGCGCGCGCUCUGCUGCGGUUGCGGUUGCUGCGGUUGCGGGACUCGUGCCGCCGGUCGGCCACCUCCUGACGCGACGACGCCAUGUACAAAUUGGUCAAUAUCUGACACACACAGCACAGGGGAGAGAGAAAGGCAUCACUCGCGUGUUGGCCUGCGCUGCGGGGCGUAUGAAUGUCCGCGUAGUCCGUACCUUUCUGAUGUAUUCGGCCUCCUUUUUGUGUUUGGCUUUGCUGUUUUUGAGUAUCUUGAAGCACACGGCGAUGAACUGGCGCAGCUUCUCCAGCCGCCAGGGCUCGUCCUCCUUCUCCUUGAGCAGACACGCAGCGUUGCACCCACUCAAAUUCUCCUACGAGGACACAGACACAGACACACACACACACACACACACACAGAUGACGACACGACAACACAGACAAGACGUGCUGCCCCUCAUGUCAUGUGUGUGUGCUUACGAGCAGUUGGAACCUGGCCCUGUCCUCCAGGUCUUUGCCGCUGUUGCCGUACUCACUCAGCUGGUUCAGGAAGGCCAUAAAGGCCUCCUUCAGAUGACCACUCGAAAACGGCGAAUCCUGUAACACAUACAGGCAAGCAACCAAGCGGAUGGGGGAUUGCUCUGCUGUCGUCCCUCCGUCCGUCCAUUCCCCCCUUGACAUGACAUACACGGUCAUAGUUUGCGCAGUGUUGAAACCAGCAUCCCAGGCAGCAGGCAACGUAGCACCGCACCUCGGGGCUCUCGUGACGUAUCAGCCACUGCACACACACACACAUACACACACAGCAGACGUGGACGCCUACCCAAGAUCGUCGGUCGUUUCGUCCCGCUGACCGAUUCAUUCAUCGCCCACCUGUUGGAAGAGGGUAUCUUUGAGGUGCUCCGGGAAGGGAUCUUCAUCGGGUGUUGGUUUGGGCAGCCUGCCGCCCCCGUCAGCCUUGCCGCCGCCCCUGGGCAGCUCCUCACACAGCUCCUCCUCUUCAUCGAGUUCCUUGGUCCAUGACGCCCAAAUGUUACGCAGGCGGCGCAGGAGGGUCUCCGUGUUGAGCUUGUCGCUGAUGUAGCCCCGCUCGCGGUAGUUCUCCUUGUACCGCUGGCUGUCCAGAUCUUCCUCAGGGUCGUCUGCAUUCUCUUGCUCAUUCUGGCGAUCCGCCGGCGCCGCGAGCAUCUCGUCGUCUUCCAUCGUCACCUACCUAUCCAUCUGUCGGCUGCUCG